CCCUGUGGCUCAUAUUGUUGAAGACUCAAUUGAUGGGACCAAACUGCAACAUCUCAUCAUAACCCCUUCUGGCAACGGGGAGGAGAAUAUGAUGAGAAUGACACCGACGGUUAUUGCCACUCACUACCUUGACACCACAGGCCAGUGGGAGAAGAUUGGGGUGGAUCGGAGAACUGUUGCAAUCAGCCAGAUCACGAAAGGUUACGCACAGCAGUUGACAUAUAAGAAACGUGAUCAUUCAUAUGCUGCAUUUCCAGAUGGCAAGUCUAGUACGUGGCUAACAGCAUACGUGGUAAAGGUCUUUGCCAUGGCUUCUAAGUUUAUAAAUACCAUUAGCACUGAUGUCCUCUGCGGAGGGGUGAAGUGGCUGAUGCUGGAGAGGCAAAAGACAGACGGAGUUUUCCAGGAAGAUGCCCCUGUGAUCCAUGGAAAUAUGACGGUAUGCUUUUUUCCCUGCUUGAACGGUGUUUCUUGUGAAAAAUCCAGAGGUUUUCACAGUGAAGAAGACCAUAACACAGGAAUUCAUUUGCAUGGUAACCAGUGGCCACAAGGGGCAAACAUAGGUUAAGGAUGGCAAUAUGAGUAAUAGGAGACUCCAGAGCUUGGAGAAGUUACCUUUUUUGGACUAAAACUCCCAACAUUUCC